AUGGCGCCUAGGUCGGAGUAUUCGCGGUCUUCGACAAAUACCCGUAGUCUGUUCGAUGAUGAUUUUACGGAGAACAACAAGAACGCUUUCAUCGUUGGAACGCAUCCACUUCUUCAACGGGAUAUAGAGCUUGAUAGCUUCCUAGCGAAAAAAUCCGUCAGCGGCGAGGACAGAAGCGCAGACGACACUACCAAUCACACAGCAGCUUGGUGUCCAACAUGGCUUCGGUCAGGGACAUUGUUGGCGUUCGCCGCUUUGUUCCUUCUCUUCGGCGUCUCUCUCAUUGUCAUGUUUCAAUUCUCCCAGCAGAAUAGUGGCCUGGUCACCACACGGCAGAGCCUCGUUUACCUCUGGCGAUUUGGCCCAACAGCAAUCCUCACUCUGUUGUCCAUUUUCUGGUCAAGAGUCGAGUUACAAGCCAUUCGCUAUAUGCCUUGGAUCGCUUACCGCGACAACCCAUCGAUGGGCAGAGACGGGUACUCUCUCGACUACACAGCAAUGCUGUCGCCUUCGAUUCUUUAUCAGUCCCUGCGGAGAAGACACUUCCUUGUCUUCAUCAUCGCCGUUGUGUCUCUUUUCAUCAAGAUCCAGAUUAUUCUUGCCCCUAGUUUGUACAGCCUGGUCAGCUUUCAGGCUGAACAACCCGUCGAUGUUCGGGUGCUCAACUCGUUCAAUAUCAGUACUCCAGCGAUGUCCAAUAGAGAGACUAGUGCAUAUUACAUUGCAAAGGCCCUGCAGAAUUUCGAGAUGAAGCUACCAUUUGGGGUCACAAAAGAAGGGGCCUACCAGACGUUCUCGUUUCGUCGGGGCUCCGGGCGGGGAACAGAAACAAAACCGAUUACAGUUACUGUCGAUGGGUACUUUGCAGAGAUGAGAUGUCUGAAGCUUAGUAACUACUCGCAUACGGACCUCAAGGAAACAGGCCCCGCCAGGAGCUAUUACGCCUUCAACGCCAGUCUUUUAUUCGAGGGCUGUGAUCAGUCUGUCCCAGUCACCACCGAUCGAAUGAUGUGGAUCAAUUCCAGCCCGAACGAGACGACAUUACAGAGCAGUUGGAAUGUCAACAACCUCCUUAAUGAGCCAAAACCGUGCUCAAACCUUCCACAACAACACAACCAGUCUUUGUACCACGCAACUCGCAUUGGACCGUCAGCAAAGAAUACAUCUCACCCUGAUGUUCUUAAUUUUGCGGCGAUUUUGUGCUCCUCGACGGCCUGGACAACCCCAGUGGAGAUAGUUGACGAUGGUGUGAGCCCGAAUAUGACGGUCAUACCGGGCGGGUCCAGAAGAACAGUCAACGCGGACCUCUGGUCAUUGUUGGGGAGCUCCAUCCCUGAAAAAGUUGGUCUAUGGGCUGGCUCAGGGACCGGUACGAUCUUUGGGCCGAUCAUUACAGGUUUCCAGUUCAACGGAAAGGGAACGAACAAUGACACUGAUCCAUCACUAUUCACUAAUGAUGUUCUGUACGACGCGGUCAUGAACACGAGCAGUAUCUUGGGCCCUUUGAUCGGCCACUAUCGUCUGCGAGAAGAAAGCGAUUCCCAAACAACUGGAACAACAAUCGCCACCAUCGAAAGGCUGACAGUCAACCAGUGGGUCUCGCUGUCGAUGACAGCGCUAUUCUUCCUGCUUGCUGUUUUGACCGUAAUAGUCCUGCUUCGCUACCGAAAGAGGAUGUCAGUAUGGCACAGAGACCCUGCUACAAUUCUCGGAAGCAUGCUUUUCUUCCGCGACAAUAUGGAUCUGUCAAACAACAUCAUGGCUUCUCAGUCGCGUAGUCUCGACAAUGAGUGGAGCUCUUGUGAAUUCACUCCCUUGGUACUGAGGACAUGGACACGUGUGCCGAUCUCUGUCCUGGUUCUUGCUAUCAUCGGUGGGCUGUACUACACUUUAAGUGUAUCGAAAACACAAGAAGGGCUUGCCUCUAUAAAUGCCGAUGGUUACUUGCAUCUGCUGUGGACGUCUGUUCCAGCACUGGUAAUGCUUUGUGUUACUUUGUAUGUCGGCUGCUGCGACUUCGCAUAUCGAGGUUUGGCAACACUUUCAAGCCUUUCUCUGCGACCGUGUAGCGCACGAUUUCUCGAUAUGUCAUACCUCGACAUGAUGGGUCUAAGGGCAUUAUACUGGUCGGUCCGAAAGUGUGUUUGGGCUGUCACCCUGUCACAGUUGCUUACCUUCCUCUGCGCAUUUCUGACAACUCUUGCUUCGGUUAUGUUCACCGUAGACCCAGUGCCUAGCUCUACGAACGUCCAGCUGCGGCAGACAACAUGGUUUGGAUCACGUCAGAUGACGUUGAACAAUGCCGGGUCCUUCGCAGCAACGCGAGACUCAUUGAGCAGCCUUGUCCUGCGUAAGGGCGAUGGAGCCUUGACAUACCCACGGAACACCUACGAUGAUCUCGUUUUCCCGGUUCUUGACGGACUGCAAGGAACAGAGGUUUCCCCGAAUGUUUCUAUCCAGCUCAGCGUCCCGGCUGCCAAAUUGGCCCCUUCCUGCGUCCAGUUGCCCGCCAGCACCUACAACAUCACAUUCAGGAACUACACCGAGGAGGACAAGUUCUUCGAGGUCCUUAUGGUCGAGUCGUUUGAUUGUCCUAAUGGAAAUCGAGCGAAGCUUCUGGGAAUCAUCUCCAUGAGCAGCGCUACGAACAGACUAGGCCGCUCAUACUUUUCGGACAUCCUUGAAUCACCAGGAAACACGUAUUCCAUCAACGGCCUUUGUAAACUUGGCUUGAAUAUGAGCGCUCCUGAUUACAUAUACUCCCCAUUUCGAUUUCAAACUUACGUUUGGGGAGAGUUCAACAAAGAAAGAAACGACCUUGACCAUCUCUCCAUCUGGAGAUGUAACUACACGUGGGUCGAGACGAGUACCAAGGUCUCAUUAUCCAUGGAGUCGGACGGCAUAUACAUUCUCGACCCCGAAAAGCCGCCGGAACCCGAUCUAUCAACUACGAAGUUCUGGGACCCUCCAUUUGACGUUCCUCACUUCGAUUAUCAGUUCAUCAACUUCCAAGCGGGUGACGCAUUCCCCACUGUUAGCCUCAACGACCCGCUCGCUGGUUCAAUGGAAAGGCAAUUCACAGUCUUGAUAGAGCCAUACGGCCAACUACCACUGAGCGCAUUGGGAGAUGCUAGCCAGGAAUCCAACGUUCUCGAUAGCCUGAAACACAACUUGGGGUUCAUCGGUGCCCAACUCGCCAACUUAGAGAAUCGCUUUGGCGUCACUGAAAAUUCCAGAAAUCGCCCUCCACCUGCUAAUGGUCUCCCAUUGCUUGAAGCAAUCAUUGUAGACAGAAGCAGACGACGUUUAGUCCAGAACCCCACUAUCACAUAUAUCUUGAUGGCGGUACUGGGCUUAGUGGCUCUUUGUAACAUAAUGGCAGUACUCUCCGCCGCUACGAGGCAUCUUAGUGGAAUCCCGCGGUUGUUCGAUAUGGAAGUGAAAGGGUUGGCGCCAGAUGGUUUCCAUAGCAUGGCGUCCAUGGUCAACCUGCUUCAGGGCUCAAAUGCACCAAGUCACCUACCACAGAGUGUUCAUUUACUGUCCAAGGGCGACCUCUACAGUCGUGUGGAUGAUUUGAGCUUCAGAAUGGGCUGGUUUCAGAGAACCCAAAAUCAAACUAGGCAUUUCACUGUUGGAGUACUCGGUGAUGAAGACACCGUAAUCCAGGGUAUGUCGGUAUCGCAUUCUCCAAAGGCGCGGAAGGCUUACAAAAGAAAAGAGUCAUUAAGCAGAUUGGGUCAAUGUUUCUUGUGGUUGAUUGUCGUCGCCUCCCAUCACCGUGCAGUGCCUGUCACCGGCGAUCAAUGUGAACGGAUCAACCCCUUCGGCAACACGGCACCGGUCCACACAUACUGCUGCUGUCUUCGGUAUCGGCAGGGAACUGCUGCUGUCGGCCUCCCAUCUAGCUUCCCCGACACUCUAAUACGAAUACUAUUCAGCCCCAAUUACAUCCUCAACGGUGAUUUGUAUUUGUCGGCGUGUCUUCAUGUCAGAAACUGCAAUCCCAAAGUAUCCCGGUUGGAUAUUUGUCCCUUCACAUCGUCGCGAAUGCACCGACUUUACGAUUACUUCUACAACUUUUACCCUUCACAUCGUCACUCGCGCCACUUAUUACCGGAGCGUCUACUCACUACCGUCAAGAUGGCGAUCGCUGAACAGGGCAUGGUCAUGAUCGUGGUGGGGGCGAUAUUGAUGUUUCUUAACACCUUCUUCGUCGGUCUACGUCUGUAUACUCGGAUCUUCAUCACGAAGCAUGUCCGACCCAACGACUACCUACUACUUACAGCUCUGGCCGCCUUUGCGGCUCUUUACGCUCUCUUGGUCCUAGGUGUUCAAGGUGGAAUUGGCGGCAGCAUUCUCCAGGCGACGCUCCCCGGAAUCGCCAGUUCUCUCAAAGUACUCUUUUUCCUGGAAAUCAUUUACGUGGUACUCACCUCCGCGAUGAAAGGAAGCAUUGCUUUGACCUUCAUUCGACUAUCGCGCUCGAGGAUCCUGACUUCUCUGUUCUGGGUAUCGAUUGGCUUGGACGUGGCCAUUAGCCUUGCUUUCAUCAUCUACUUGUUAGUCCAGUGCCAGCCGAUUGAUUUCGCAUGGAGAUUACUGGAUGCGAACGCAAAGGGGCAUUGCCUGCCUCUCACGGGUCAGCUCUAUAUGGGAUAUGCGCUGUCUAUCGUAACGGCGACCCUGGAUGGUCUUUUGAUGGUUUCACCAUGGAUCAUGAUGAGAGGCCGCGGCCUGAACUCAAGACUGAAGAUGUACAUUUACGGAAUCUUCGGUUUGGGAAUCCUCGCGACAAUCGCAAACAUCAUCCGCCUUGUGGCACUGGUCAAACUCAAGGGGUCAAGCGACCAGCUUCUCGAUGCUGCACCCGUAUUCAACUGGUCCGCCAUCGAGGUCAGCAUUGGUAUCAUCAUUGCCGGAUUGAUCGAACUCGGCCCGCUUGCCGCCAAGUAUAAUAUCAAGGGCUUUGAGUCCUACGCUGGCGACGACACUGUCAUGCUCACAAAGCCAAUUACUCACGAGUCGAGGGAUGUCGAAGGUCAAGAAAAGGGCUGGCAACCGAAAGUCAUUGGGCAGUGUUCUCUGGCAGAAUGCUCUUUGACUACCACGCCUAGAAACAGGAUGCAGACCCAAAAAAGACGGUCAUUAGCUUCUCGAUAA